CUGGCGGCGAGGGGAGCUGGAGGGGCAGCUCAGAGCAGCCGCUGCUUCACUGGGGAGCAGCAGUCCUGCAGACCCAGAGCGCAGCCGGGCGACCGCGCCUCGCAAGGGGGCGAGCUCUCCUGACCUCCGGCAGCUCGGUGCAGCCGCGGCGCCGAGCUGUGCGCCCCCGGCGGGCUCGGGCAGCGCCGGCUGGACCCGCCCCGAGCUCCAUGGUGCGCCCGGCCCUGCGCGAUGGUGACUCGGGGCGCCGAGGCUGGCGACGCGCGAACCCGCAGAUCGCAGAAUGAAGGCGGGGAGCGCGGCCGGCGGGCGGGGGCCGAGUCCCCGACAUCAGCGCCCGGGAAAGCGGCGCAACCACCUGAACCCCGAAAACGCCAACAAGUAGUUUCUCGUCGGUGGAGGGCGGCUCCGUCCAGCUGCGCCCCCUCGGAAACCAAAGCAGAACCGCUCUGCUCCCGGGCUCCUUAAGUCAUGUCUGAGCCACAGAGAUGGGCAAGAUCGAGAACAACGAGAGGGUGAUCCUCAACGUCGGGGGCACCCGGCACGAGACCUACCGCAGCACGCUCAGGACCCUGCCCGGAACGCGCCUGGCCCUGCUGGCCGCCUCGGAGCCCCAGGGCGACGGCCUGACCGCGGCGGGGGACAAGCUGCAGCCCCUGCCGCCCCCGCCGCGGUCUCCCCCGCCGCGGCCGCCCCCGCCGUCCCCCGGCCCCGGCGGCUGCUUCGAGGGCGGCGCGGGGAACUGCAGCUCCCACCCCGGCGGCGGCCGCGAGUUCUUCUUCGACCGGCACCCGGGCGUCUUCGCCUACGUGCUCAACUACUACCGCACCGGCAAGCUGCACUGCCCCGCCGACGUGUGCGGGCCGCUCUUCGAGGAGGAGCUGGCCUUCUGGGGCAUCGACGAGACCGACGUGGAGCCCUGCUGCUGGAUGACCUACCGGCAGCACCGCGACGCCGAGGAGGCGCUGGACAUCUUCGAGACCCCCGACCUGAUCGCGGGCGGCGAGCCUGCGGACGACGAGGAGCUGGCGGCCAAGCGGCUGGGCAUCGAGGACGCGGCGGGGCUGGGGGGCCCCGACGGCAAGUCCGGGCGCUGGAGGAGGCUGCAGCCCCGCAUGUGGGCCCUCUUCGAGGACCCCUACUCGUCCAGAGCCGCCAGGUUUAUUGCUUUUGCUUCUUUAUUCUUCAUCUUGGUUUCAAUCACAACCUUUUGCCUGGAGACCCAUGAAGCUUUCAAUAUUGUUAAAAACAAGACAGAACCAGUCAUCAAUGGGACGAGUGUCGUUUUACAAUAUGAAAUUGAAACGGAUCCUGCCUUGACCUAUGUGGAAGGAGUGUGUGUCGUGUGGUUUACCUUUGAAUUUUUAGUCCGUAUUGUUUUUUCACCCAAUAAACUUGAAUUCAUCAAAAAUCUCUUGAAUAUCAUUGACUUUGUGGCCAUCCUACCCUUCUACUUAGAGGUAGGACUCAGUGGGCUGUCAUCUAAAGCUGCUAAAGAUGUCCUUGGCUUCCUCAGGGUUGUAAGGUUUGUGAGGAUCCUGAGAAUCUUCAAGCUCACCCGCCAUUUUGUAGGUCUGAGGGUGCUUGGACACACUCUUCGAGCUAGUACUAAUGAGUUUUUGCUGCUGAUAAUCUUCCUGGCUCUAGGAGUUUUGAUAUUUGCUACCAUGAUCUACUAUGCCGAGAGAGUAGGCGCUCAACCUAACGACCCUUCUGCUAGUGAGCAUACACAGUUCAAAAACAUUCCAAUUGGGUUCUGGUGGGCUGUUGUGACCAUGACAACCCUGGGAUAUGGGGAUAUGUAUCCCCAAACAUGGUCAGGGAUGCUGGUGGGAGCCUUGUGUGCUCUGGCUGGAGUGCUGACCAUAGCCAUGCCAGUUCCUGUGAUUGUCAACAAUUUUGGAAUGUACUACUCCUUGGCAAUGGCCAAACAGAAACUUCCAAGAAAAAGAAAGAAGCACAUUCCUCCUGCCCCUCAGGCAAGCUCACCUACAUUUUGCAAGACAGAAUUAAAUAUGGCCUGCAAUAGUACACAGAGUGACACAUGUCUGGGCAAAGACAACCGACUCCUGGAACAUAACAGAUCAGUUUUAGCUCUGCCACUUAGUACUAUGCAUCUCAACCUAACUCACAGGAAGUUAUUUAAGAAAAAUGGAUGCUUACCUAUCAAAGGUCUAAACACCAAAGAGUGUUAUCAGGUGAUGACAGUACAGGAAGUGAGCCGCCAUUAUCACCCCCAGAAAGGCUUCCCAUCAGACGCUCUAGUACCAGAGACAAAAACAGAAGAGGGGAAACAUGUUUCCUACUGACGACAGGUGCUUACACGUGUGCUUCUGAUGAAGGGAUCAGGAAAGGAUACGAAAAAUCCCGAAGCUUAAACAACAUAGCGGGCUUGGCAGGCAAUGCUCUGAGGCUGUCUCCAGUCACAUCACCUUACAACUCUCCUUGUCCUCUGAGACGCUCUCGAUCUCCCAUCCCAUCUAUCUUGUAACCAAACUGCAUCAGCUGGCCAAAUUGUACCAAUUCCAGUCCUGUUUAACCCAUAAUGGAAAUAAUAAAAUAGAAUUACUCCAGGCUCCAUUAAUACAGUAUAAGUCCUGCAUGAGUCUACUAUUUGAAGUCAGAAAUACUACCUGCAGUAGCUAGAAAAUCUUAUCCUGGCUUUAAAGAUUAUCUGAAGUAGUAUUAUUACUUCUCUAUAUUAAUUGCCCUGAUGUCCCCUUGCAAUAAAAUGUCAUAUAGUGUCAGAUAUUGGCCAGGACACUAACAUAUAAAUGUAUAUUCAGGGAGAUAUAAUUAAAAAGUGUGCUUUCAAAUGCCAGCUACUUUAUUGGAACUUCAUUUUUUUGUGACUAAAUCAUUCCGAAGAUGUCUGGGAUCCUAUCUGAAUUGCAUAUACUGUGACUUUGGUCAGCUCAUUUGCAUGGAUCAUCUUGUCCCUGUCACCAAAAGCAAUGUUGCAGAGUUUGGGAACUCUGGCUCCAAGAUACGUGUAUUUUGCAUCAAAUCAUCCUGCUAAUAUGAAAGCAAUGGUUGACUGUUCUGCAUGUUGAAAUGUGGGGCAGGACAAUGAGCUUCUCCUUGUCAUCUUUUCCCUUCUUCUUUGAUAGAAAUAUCUGUUUUAAGAUCGUUUUAAUUUUUUAUUGACUUGCUUUUCCUCAAAAAUGCUGUAUUGGAGUUCUGAAUGUCUUUGGUUGUUUAUACACAGAUAACUGCAAAGAGGUUGUCAUUACUGGUUACACGCAAGCCGAUGCCAGAUCUCUUACUUAAUGACUUGGGGAAGGCACAAAACAUGAGAGAAAGGUAACUGCCAGCCAGGCUUGCCUUGUUAGAAAUUGCUGCUUGGUACUAGAGUAACUUUUUUAAUCCCAAGAUUUGUCAUUAUUUUUAUAAGCAAAAGGCCAUAUAUUACCCAAAGUUCUGGUGUCUUUUUACCCUUCUCUUUUAUUUUUAUUCAUUAAUUUUUGCCAAUUAUAAUAGUCACUGGUUUUCACAGGCUUUAUCUAUUAGCCUUAAAAUUUUGAAUCAAACGACAAAUCAGAUUUCCAGGCAGCGUUUAAUCAGGUGCUUUGUCCUGUAUGUUGUUUCUGUUUUUCUGUCUUAGCUCCCUGUCUUAACUGUAUUUGCCAUCUGUCUCCAUGAAAUGUAGAAAUGCCUUGAGAAGGUAUUCACGAUUUUAUUACUGGGUUCUCUCACUCCUUGCCCUUGUCUUCUUUGCAAUUUGAAGCAGCCUCUCUGCUUUGAGUAUAAAUUAAUGACGCCCUAUAUACUACCUAAAUUAAUCUGCACUGUGAAUCUUUUUGAUAAGCAGCAUUUAAGCAGCAAAUUCACCAUGGUACUUGGUUGCACAGUACAGUAUAAGUUUUUACUACCCAGCAACCAGUAUUCAUCAGUACACUCCAGCAAAGUCCCCUGGGAGUCUUGCCAAGUUUAAGUGGAAGGAAGUCUGUUUACAUAGCUCUACCAAAUGCAAAAGCGAUAGGGUGUGCAGUGUGUUGGCCAUAUGAAAGGAGAAAAUGCCAUGAUAUAAAUAGAAAGUUAGAUAGCUUUAAAGUAUCUAGAACCUUGAGAUUAUUAAUUCCUAGUUCUCAUGCUCAUUUUUUGUUAGAAAGACAAUUGUCACUUUUAUUAUUGGACAAAAGAAACUUGUAUUACUGUAUAUCCUUGAGUCUAGAGCAUGAACUGCAUGUCAGAGAUCUUGUACAGAAAUGUAUUUAUCCAGACAUACGUAUGUGAUAUUUAGAGAUACUGUGAUCCUUUUGAUAACAUCAAACGUAGAACGUUAUAAUUACACACCUAUUUAUGGUAAAGGAAUUAAUAUACUGUCUGGUGCUGCUGUUAUUGACUGCAGUGUUGUACAGAAUGUGUCAUGGAUUUUUGACUGCUGAAAAGGGGACAUUGGAAUUUAGCCAUACCAAGGAUUGUACUGGAAACAACUUCUGCUACUGAAUGUGCCCUGAUUUGACCAGAUUAUACUUGGAAGAAGUCCCCACAUCUUCAUGAGGUACUUAAAGCUUGUACAAGAGAACUGUGGCUGGAACUGAUUUGGUGUUCCUUGAGUGAGUGUUUUCCUCAGAGACUGACCAGUGGCCAUGAAUCAACAACUGUAAAUACCAAUAUGUGUGCAUGGAUCAACAGCUUUGGCCAACUCACAUCAAGGGAAGCCAAGUUCAUGAUAGACAUCUCUGAAGCUUCAAAUAAGGCCCGUGUUUCUUUGUUUUCCUCCUCAAGGGCCUGCCGUAGGUUGUGCUGUGAAUUAUACAAGGCAGCAUACUCAUGUCAUAUAGAUCUGACUUAAUUUCAUGUAUCUAUUUUAUGGAUGGAUCCUUAAUCGACUAUAUUAUUGUCUUACAAAACAUUUAUGUUAUCAGAUUAAUUGUUUUACAAAAUUUCUAGUGUCUGUUUACCCAAACUGACUUAUUUUUAGUCUAUUUGUUUAGCUAUGGAAAAAUUGCUGUGGCUUAAAAGAAAAUUCACCAACAGUAUUAACUAGUUUAAGUCUAUUGUCAUCGUUACCUCAAUUAUAAAUAUUACAAAAUGUAAAAUUCUGGCAAUGAGAGUAUUUUUUUAUUAAAUGAUCAAGGAAUAAUGUCAGUAUAUAGUAGAAUAUUAAAUUAUAUCAUAAGAUGUAUAUUUUGCAUAAAAGAGAUAUUCUUCAAUCAAUUACUUUUUUGUGAGUUUUGUGGCUGAUGAAGCUUGUACCUGUCUUUAAAAUUGUUGUAGUUGAAACUGUGUAAGAGUUUUUCAUCUUGCUUAAUGAAUAUUUCUAGAAUCUAUUAGUUUCCCUGGGAUUCUGAAUAUAACAUUAUAACCUAAUUAUGAACCCCUGUAUCUUGAACCUUUUGUGAACAUUUCAAGGUGCAUGCAUAACCUUGGUGAUAACCAAUGGACAUGUAACUAACUGAAAUGAAGAAUAAAAGGCAAACGAGCUGGGGAUGAACUGA